AUGAAGGCUUCAAUCGUCAUUCUGCUCUUGGGUUUGGUGGCCAUCAUCAUCGCCAGCCCCGACGACGCCGAAGAUGACUCUGCCGCGAAAAUUGCAUCUGAUCUCCAAAACUUGGAGAAAGCUGACGUCUCUUCCGAUAGCUCUAGACGGAAGUUUUUUCCGGUAAAAAUGAUUAUGGAGCGUUUCAUUUUAUCAGCUCAAGGGCAUUCCUGCCGAGUUAAUGGCCUACAAGCUUGACGAGAACACUGUCCGUCAAGAGUUCGUCAAGUUUUUCUUAGAGAUCCAGCGAAAAUCCCCGCCUGGUGGAUUCCCUUCUUGGUUUGCUCUCGCUCUGGACAAGCAUGAUGUAAGCUCCAUUUCAUCUUUCCUUUUUUCAGUUCAGUGCAUGAUAAAAUAUCAGUUAGUUAAAAAUGUAAUGUUCCUCGGGUGAGAUUGAUGAGGAACUUGAUUUAGGAACAGAAACAAAAUUUCCCGCCUCUUGUUUUAUUCAGUUGAUUCUGUCGAUGAAGUCUCAAAUAGAUCAAAAACUACGCUUUUUUCUUCAUUCGCGCACUAUAAGAAUAUGAAAAAAAAAGCCUGGAAAAUAUGUUUCUCUCUUUUUUUUUUUGUUUGGAUGCCCUAAUCUUAUUUUUGGAUUUGGAUUGGAUACGAUAAUCAGUUCUCAAACUUUGUAUUCUCCUCUCUAUUUCGCGUCUGAUGUAGGUUUUAACUUGAGUCAGUAUCUAAUUAUGCUUGUCUUAAUUCAAAUGAUUAGCGCGAAAUAAAAGGCCAAAAAUCCAUUUCAUAACUUUUUUUCCCAUUUAGCGAAACCUAAAAAAAUUCUUCAUGGAUCAAAAAAAUUUCCUUAAAAAAAUGUUUACAGGAGAGUUCUGAUUGAACAGUUGGACGACUUCAAUUUCCCAACGCACAGGACCCUUUUUCUUGUUUUUUUCUGGUGACCACCAAAUAAAAACUUUGUAUCGAUACUGGUUGAUUGAAUCAUAAUUUAGUGAAACUAGUGGAAAAAAACAGAUUUUUCUCUAUCAAAUGAUCAAAAAAACAACUGACUUUACUUCAUUCGAAAGCCUUGGGUUUGUUGAAUACAUGGCGGGAAUCUAUUUUUUUAACAAUUAAUUAAAAAAAUAGAUAAACUGAUAAGAUAGCAAUCGUCUUAAACUUUCUUAAUUUUUAAUUUCUUAUUCAAUUAAAAAAACAUGAACUCUGCAUUUUUAUUUUUUUGAAAUCGAAAAAGCAAAAAAAUUUGGGCUCUCCGCGUUGUAUCAAAAAAAUUGAAUUACCUUCGUCUAUAUUUCUUCGAGGCUCUUUUUUUGUAUUUCAGUUUAUGUACAUUGUCGAGGAGCCACAACAUCGCUCAUUGGUUUUAACUUGAGUCAGUAUCUAAUUAUGCUUGUCUUAAUUCAAAUGAUUAGCGCGAAAUAAAAGGCCAAAAUCCAUUUCAUAACUUUUUCCCAUUUAGCGAAACCUAAAAAUUCUUCAUGGAUCAAAAAUUUCCUUAAAAAAAAUGUUUACAGGAGAGUUCUGAUUGAACAGUUGGACGACUUCAAUUUCCCAACGCACAGGACCCUUUUUCUUGUUUUUCUGGUGACCACCAAAUAAAACUUGUGUAUCGAUACUGGUUGAUUGAAUCCUAAUUUAGAGGAACUGGCGGAAAAAAACGAUUUUGUCUAUCAAAGGAUCCAAAAACACCUCACUUGUCUUGAUUAGGCAACCUUAAAAGUUUGAAGGUUUCCUAAUCAAGUCAAGUGAGUUGCUUUUGUAAAACUGUAAAAUGUUAAACUGUGAAAUAAAUGGCGGGAAGCUAUUUUUUACCAACUUCUCGUUUUUUAAACACCCAGAAAUAUAUAUAUUUCAUUCAACAACAAAAGUUUCGAAAGAAGUGAAGAAAAUGUGGAUUUCAGCUGUUUUUUCGAAUAUAUAUAGGGGGCGCAAAGCCCCGCCCCUUCACGCCGCCAAAAUGACGAUUUUUGUUGCAAAAAAACCGUUUUGAGGCGUUUAUACUAGCUAAAGUUCCACUUUAAAAAAAUAAACUGUCUGUUAAUCUAUGUAAUCGACAACGCUCUACAAGACUGAAUAUUUUUUUAAAAACUAUGUAUUUUUUUCAAAAAAAUAAGCGAAAAAAAGUAAGAUUUAACACGAAAAAAACUGACAAGUUUGACAAAAAUCGUCGCGUUUCUGAAAAACCAAGUGAGGAACGCUUCUAAAUUUUAAGUAUGUUAUACAUUAACACUUUCUUUAUUUUUUGAGUGAAAAUGAAAAAAAUCUACCGACGCGAAAAAAAUAUUAAAGCUUGUAAAGUGACACCAAACUUUGAAGCUGAAAUGCGAAAAAAUUUCAGCGACAUGGUAUACUUUUUAUUUGAUUUAAAAACUCACAAUGUGCUCACAAACAAAAAUUCAAAAUGAAAAUAAUUAUUGGGACAGUGAAUCAAAUUAUAUUUGGAUUUUACCAAAACCUCCUUUUUUCGCCUGCCUCGUUGACGCAUGAGAGAAUAGGAUCGCGUCUAUAUUUUUUUGAUUAUGUUAUUAAGCGUUCAAAAACUCUAUCAAUGAAAAGAAUUAUGAAAAAAAUCAAACGACGCGAAAAAAAUAACGGCUUUGAAAACCUCGAAAAAAAUGGCUUUUGAAAUUUCGGAAGAUUUCGUGUAAGUGUCCGUAGCAGUGUUUGCGUCAAACCCACCGAUGCGCCAUUUUUAAAUGUUGCAGGAGCCGUUUUUUUCGGAGUCAAAUUGCACUUAUUCUUGUUUUAUUUCGAAAUAACAAUGUUUUUUUCAUUUUUCUUUUUCUCCAAAUCGAAUGAUAAUAAUUUCUGAGUAGAAAAAAAGAAAAAAAUAAGCUGAAAAAAAUCUUUUUUUGACCUUUUUUUCUAGGUAGUUUUUUUGAAAUUUUAUCAAAAAAAUUUUUAUCAGGAUUGUACAAAAGAUUUAUGCCAAAACGUUAAGCUCAGUUCGGACAACCUCUCAGAACAAAAAAACCGAUUCGAAAACGGUUCAGAAUUGCGCAAAAAAACAUUUAAAAAGAAAGCGUGCGGCAGCGGGUAAACCGUGAGAUUUUUGCCUCCAGUUGAACGCCGCGCGCGCUAGUUUUUGGCCAUAACUUUUUUUCUUAGUGGAGCUUUUUUUCUAAAAACUGAACGGUUUAUAAAAAAUGGACAGUCUCCUCUAUCGAACAGUGUGAAAAAAACAUAUUUUUUUUGGAUCGUUUUGAAGAAAUGGCUUGCGGACCCUAAAUAUGAACAAGAAAAAAAGACGUCUACUUCGAGUUCGUACGAUUUCGAGAAGCCGCUAUCUCGUUUAGUUUCGUCUAGGUGUCGAUUUGAGCUUACUAAAAAUUCCGAACUCAUUCAACAUGAAUUAAAUAAGGAACUUAUCUUCAUCGAAACAUUCAAACUCGAAUCUUCUCUCCGUCUCUUUAGUCGGAAAGUAUUCAUUCGCUGUAGUGUCAGCUUUUUCUUUCCAUUCAGACCGAUCACUUAUCUUUUUUUAUAUUUUCUACUGGUAAAUAAUGGCAGUGAAUCAACUAUUUUCAUUAUUAUUGUUAUUAAAUAAGAAACUUAUCUUAAAUCAUAUCUAAAAAAUCUCGAUGUUUACGGAGAGACUAUGCGAUCGAUCGGCAUCAAAAAAUUAUUCGAACCUUUCAACUUUUUCUUCAAAUUUUUUUUUUCUUUUAAUUGCCCAGCUCUGCCUUUUCGUUGAAGAGCCGCGAAAUCAACUAAAAAUAUAUGACCAAGAAUGAUAUGACCAAGAAGUCAUUCGGGUGUUGAUAGAUGUCAAAAACACAAAAAAUAAAUUUUCACGGAAAAUAAAAGAACAGGACGGAGGAAAGUCAAAGGAACGUGAAGAUAACGUUUGGGGAGUGUAUAAAAGGAGAAGAAUGAACUCAUUUGAUCAAUUUAGUCAUCGAAAUGAAGGCUUCAAUCGUCAUUCUGCUCUUGGGUUUGGUGGCCAUCAUCAUCGCCAGCCCCGACGACGCCGAAGAUGACUCUGCCGCGAAAAUUGCAUCUGAUCUCCAAAACUUGGAGAAAGCUGACGUCUCUUCCGAUAGCUCUAGACGGAAGUUUUUUCCGGUAAAAAUGAUUAUGGAGCGUUUCAUUUUAUCAGCUCAAGGGCAUUCCUGCCGAGUUAAUGGCCUACAAGCUUGACGAGAACACUGUCCGUCAAGAGUUCGUCAAGUUUUUCUUAGAGAUCCAGCGAAAAUCCCCGCCUGGUGGAUUCCCUUCUUGGUUUGCUCUCGCUCUGGACAAGCAUGAUGUAAGCUCCAUUUCAUCUUUCCUUUUUUCAGUUCAGUGCAUGAUAAAAUAUCAGUUAGUUAAAAAUGUAAUGUUCCUCGGGUGAGAUUGAUGAGGAACUUGAUUUAGGAACAGAAACAAAAUUUCCCGCCUCUUGUUUUAUUCAGUUGAUUCUGUCGAUGAAGUCUCAAAUAGAUCAAAACUACGCUUUUCUUCAUUCGCGCACUAUAAGAAUAUGAAAAAAAGCCUGGAAAAAUAUGUUUCUCUCUUUUUUUGUUUGGAUGCCCUAAUCUUAUUUUUUUUGGAUUUGGAUUGGAUACGAUAAUCAGUUCUCAAACUUUGUAUUCUCCUCUCUAUUUCGCGUCUGAUGUAGGUUUUAACUUGAGUCAGUAUCUAAUUAUGCUUGUCUUAAUUCAAAUGAUUAGCGCGAAAUAAAAGGCCAAAAUCCAUUUCAUAACUUUUUCCCAUUUAGCGAAACCUAAAAAAAUUCUUCAUGGAUCAAAAAAAUUUCCUUAAAAAAAAUGUUUACAGGAGAGUUCUGAUUGA